CCGAUAUGAAAUGGAAGCUGCAAAGGGAGCUAUGAAAGCUGUGGCCCUCAUCAUCGGAGAUAACAACGUCAGAGGUUCUCUUCAGUUUGUUCAGCACCCAAAUGGGACUACCCAUAUAACUGGUAGAAUAACAGGGCUUUCUGCAGGCCUUCAUGGGUUCCAUAUUCAUGCUUUUGGUGACACCACCAAUGGUUGCAACUCCACUGGUCCUCACUUCAAUCCACUCAAGAAGGAUCAUGGAGCUCCUACGGAUAAUGAGCGUCAUGCUGGUGAUUUGGGUAACAUUGUUGCAGGCCCUGAUGGAGUUGCUGAGAUUUCUGUCAGAGAUGGACAGAUUCCGCUAACUGGACUUCAUUCCAUACUUGGGAGGGCUGUUGUUGUGCAUGCUGAUCCUGAUGAUCUUGGAAAGGGUAAGAUUUUAAAUUUUGUCGACAGAAUGGAUGAACAU